AUGAGUGGUAAUGAUGCUGCUCGAUUUUUUGAUACAUCCGGUUGUUUAAAUCUAACACGUCCAACAACUGGUACACCAGUUCUAUCAUCAUCAACAUAUCAACGUAAUGGACGUAGACGACCAGUCAGUAGUUCAAUACAAAAUCGAGGUCAAUUAAAAAUUGAUUUAUAUAAUUUUGAUAAUAUUGAUAACGCCGAUUCAAAAUAUGUAUUAACAAGUCCGCGUUCACUUGAAGCUUGUGCUCGUCUUAAUAUCAAGCCUGUUAUAUUACUUCCAAAACGGUUAGCUGAUGUUCAAGAUGAUAUUGGCUCAGAAAAAGUACGACUUUCAACUUUAGCUGAUGUACGAUCUCAAAUGGAAGUUGAUCGAUUAGCAAAUCUACAACGUUGUCGAGAGCAACGUGAGAAAAUUAUUCGAGAAGAAGCUCUCGUAUAUGCACCAUCAACAAAAAUGGUUGAUCCUCAACCAUCUUCUGUAAAUGAUGGCUCAAUACGACGAACAUAUGCAGAAACAAAAUUUAAUCCAUCGAGUUCUCUUAUUCAUGGUCUCGAACAACCAACAACAAUCAGCAGUGUUCCAAUGCGUUCAGAAUCGAAUACAGCUAUACGAUUUUCUGAAUAUGAUGCAAAUGCUCAAUUACCACCAAGACCAACAUCAUCCGUUCGUCCAACUGUAUCAAAUUCUAUUCUUAAAUCUUCAAGUGCUCGAUGGCCGCCACCAUUAUCAUCUUCAUACUAUCAAGAUGAUAAUCAUGAAGAUCAAUAUGAUCCACGUGCAUCAACAUCAGCUAAUUUUGUUGAUGAUGUUCAACGAUUGAAUAAAAGUCUUCAACGUAUGAGUACAUCCGAUAGUGGAUCAAAACAACAUAAAAAUGAUCGAUAUAUGAAUGGUCUUGAAAAUGUUAAACAAAUGAUAGAACGACGUGCAACACAUUCAGCAGUUGCAAAUGAUCCUGAAACUGCCGCUUUUGAAAAGAAACAAUAUGAAGUUUUACUAGGACAUUAUGAUCAUGAAUUAAAAAUUCAAAAGGCAAGAGAAAAUGCACGUCGAGCAGAUGCUGAAAAACAAGUUGAACGUUAUCAAUCAUUAUUACAUGAUUUUUCAGAUCAAUCAAUGGCUGAUGAACGUCGACAAAAUGAAAUUCGUCGUAAAAUUAAUAAACUUCAUCAUUCACGACAACUUUAUGAAACAUUACAAGCAAAAAAUUAUGAACAACAAAUGGCAGAUUUACAAAAACGUCGUUACGAAUUACAGAAUGAAAUGGUACGAAAAGAUCGACGUACAAAACAUUUUGUUAAAGAGAAAAAAGAUACAAUGAAUUUAUCUCGAUCAUUGGCUAAAUCAUCACAAGAUCUUCGAGAAUAUUUACGUGAAACAAAUGAAAAUUUUAAUGAAAGAGCUAAAAAAGCAGAAUUAACAAGUAGUAUUUUAGUUAAAAACACAAAAGUACCUGUUAAUCGACGUCAUUUACAAUCAUCAAUUCGAACAUAA